UCGUUGAUUGUAAUGGCUAUCGGAUGUCUCGCUCGCUCUCACAACUUUUUGAACACAAAAGCAAGAAAACACUAAGCUGAUAAUAAAACGAGAGUUGUGUUCUUAAAGCCGCGCUCUUUAGAUGAAUUAAGUGUAGUUAAGUUUCAUAAUUUUAAGUGAAAAGUACGAACAAAAGCCAGUAGUAACAAACAGUACGAUGCAUUUAAACCGGCGAAAAAACAACAACAAUGUCUGGUUGUUGUUGUUGCUCAGCACAGUUACUGCGGGCGCAUCUUUAAUACCGCCUGGCACGCAGCAGCUUUAUACGCUGCAGAGUCAAGUGAGCUUGGAUCAGUUGCAGUCGGCAGCGUCUCAGGAGCUGGGCUACAAUUUUGAAACUAAACUGAAAAUCAACUCAGUGUGGAGCAAGAAUGAAGAGCAACUGUUACAGCUUUACUUCGGCGAGAGUCGCGUCGCUGCUGGAGACAAGCAACGUGAAAUUAAAACACUGCCGGAUAGACCUUUCUACAUAGCGCUGGUCAAAGGUCAGCCACAGCAGGUGAUAGCGCAUACAUCGCGAGAUGAGUCGCUCUUAAAUUUGGAGCGCGGCAUUGCCUCACUGCUGCAGCUGCGUCACAGCGACAGCGAAGAGACUGAGCUCGAUGUCUCUGGACAUUGUCGCGUGCGCUAUGAAGUGAAGUCUUCCACUCGUGUAGAGAAAACCAAAACGGACUGUGCGCUGUGGGAUUUGCGUGUAUCGUAUCAUCCAGAGCAGGCUCUAGGCGUCGACCAGCAGUCUCAGGAGCAAGUGCAGUAUGAGUUGAGUGCCGAUGGCGCGCUGCUGCGUGCGCAGUCAACAGAGACGCAUCGUCUGAGUCUGGCGGCCAAAUCAGAUGCGGGCAGUUUGGUUAGAGCAAGUCUGAAGCUGGAACAUGUAGCUGAAGGCGCAGAGACAGUGCAACAGCUGCAACAUGAGUCCUUGGAGGCGGCUAUUGAGAGUCUGCUGGAAUGGUAUCGCGUCUUUGAGCUGGAGGCGAAUGUGGAUGGCGUCAUUAGCGAGUUGAAGCAGCAAACGUUAUUGCAACAAUUUGAGCAUCUGUCGCCGCAGCUGCAGUCGGAGCAUGUGGGCAAAUCCUCGCUAGCUUUGGCCUUUGCGCAGCUGCUGCCGCUGGCGCGUCUGGCCAAGCAGCCAGAGUUCGAGCAACUGCUGCAGUCGCAGUCAAAGCUGGCAGUGCAGCUUGUGGAUCUGCUAGGCGCUGUGCAAACCUUUGAAGCACACAAUGCAACCUUUGCCCAGCUCUAUCAAGGAUCGCAAACCAAAACAGAGCAAAUGGAGCUGCUGGAGAAAUAUCUACAAAGCUUAGCUGUAGCUACGCAUCCGGAGCGCCGCAUUGUGGAGCAUUUAUACAAUUUCCUGCAGCAAGCAGACAACAAAGCCAAGCAGUCCAAGCUGCGUGAUACGGUGCUCCAAACGCUGGCAGUGCUGGCGCGUCAAAGCGGCUUCGCUGACAACGAUCAGCUGCUGCAACAGAUACGCGUUUAUCUGCUGGAAGGACUCGCCACGGACGACGCUACGCUUUACAUACGCGCGAUGCAGAAUCUGCGUGAUCUGGGCACCAUUGAUGCGCUGCUGGAGCAAGCGACGCACUCCAAAGAUGUUAAAGUCUCGGUGGCAGCGCUGCAAGCGCUCAAAGCCUUUCCAGCCAACAGUUUCGCUCAGCCACAGCGUCGUCAAUUCGAGUCCAUCUUCUAUCAGCAACGAAGACGUUACGACAGCUCUGCCCGCACUUUGGCUUUGGAUGUGCUACUGGCUAUGCGUCCUGAUGCAGCACAGCUGGGCGCACUGCUGGAAUAUUUGGCCUCCAAUGAUCGCCAGUUUGAGAUUAAGACUUAUGUGCUGCAAAAGCUGCGCAUGCUCUCCGAGCUCUGUCCACGUUUUCGUGCUGCGUUUCUGACGUCGCUGCGCCAACGUUCCCAUGUCAACAACUAUCACGUGCUAGGCCAAAGAGGUCUCACUACUGUGCUCAGUCGUCAGCUGUCCCACUCGCCCGCCUUUAAUGAAUCGCUGUUGAGCAUUCAGGAAGUCAGCCAGGGCAUACUCAAGCGCGGCUCUGUGGAGUUUUUGCUGCACGCUGGACGUGAGCAGGCUAGUAGCUUUAAGCUUGGCAUCUACACCGCUGGCUUGGGCUCUAUGGUGGGCGACAGCGAUGCUGAUGCGGGCAGCGAUAAUAUACCCGCUGAUGAUGAGCUGGAGCAGGAGGAAACCAUUACCGCUGGCAUGGAGAUAAGCGUGCAGGGCUCUCAGCUGCGUCCCUUGGUCUUCUUUAGUGGCCAGACUGAACUCAUGGGCCAUGUCUGGGGCGGCACUGCCUCGGACUCAACGCCAGCCUAUCAAGCUACCACUUUGGCUCAGGAUCAUGAGCAAUAUAUUGUACUGUCCUCGGGUGCAACGCUAUAUUGGCGCAUCCUAGGCGCUCGCAGCGUCGAUCUAAAUGGCAAAGUUAACUUUAGCCUGUGGAAUCGCAAUGCCCAAACGGAAAUUCAACAAAACACUGGCAGCGCUGUGGUCGGUCGCAUAGCAGUGGGCUUCACCUAUGCCAAGCUGGUGCAGGAUUUCUCGCUCACCCACGAGCCCAAGCUGAGUCUCAAUGCAGACUUGGAUUUCUAUAGCGGCAUCAAGCUCUGCAUGCAGCUGCAAAGUCCUGAUCAGUUGCUAACUUACAACAAUACACGUGCCGCUCAUCUGCAGGCUGUGGCUAAGCCUUAUGUAAAAUAUUUGCGUUCCUCGCGUACUCACAAAUCGGCUGGACGUACAUUUUCGUUGAAUCAAAAGAACAAUGAUAUGUGUAACAUGAUAUUUGGUGAUUACUGAUAUUAAUUAAUUAAGAGACUAAAAGUUGCAUUUGUAAAUUUAAACAGAGAGAUUAAAA